UAAAAACACAAUAAUGUACUGGUAUGACAUAAUAAAAAUUACCAGUUAUGUCAUUUACUGCCCCUUGGAUUUGGUUCAACCAUAGGUUAAGGUUUACUUCACCUACCUGCUUAUAUUUUGUUGUUAUUAACCGACGUAGUAUGUAGUUUGUAGUUGUAUAUAAAUUAUCAUAAAAGUUAGGAGUAGGUAACACAAAAAAAACAACAGGAUAUACAGUGUGGCCGUAAAAUAGGUAAAUAACGGAUAAAUUCAUUCAAAAUUUAAGCAUAAACGUCAGUUUUAAUUUUCGUUGUGACUAGAGUCCCGACUCGGGAUCCAUAUAAUCCGAAUGACGUCACUAAUAAACGCAUCGAGAUGAAUCUUCACUCUAUCGAUAUUCAUCAGAAUAUACAGGGCAUUUUAUUUAAAAAAUUGAAGUGUCAUGUGAUAUCUUUGGGUCACCUUGUAUAAAUACAAACUACACUCAUCAAAAAAGUCUAGGGAACAAGAAAUAUUCGUCUUUUAAUUUUUAAACAGAAUAACUUUUUUUAAAAAGAUAUAUGGGUAUUUGUUGAACAAAUCUUGUAAAAUUUAUCAUAUCGGCUUUUCCAGCAGGCUUUAACAAAAUUUAAAAAAAUUUUAAAAGUAUAUUUUGUUCAAUUUAUAAAUGUAUUCAGUUGCAUCUUGUUCCCUAGACUAUUUUGAUGUGUGUAUUUAGUUCAAAAACAGCGCCUACACUACUGAAAUUCUAGGAGCAUAAAGAAAAUCAUAAGAUCUAUGCAAAGAGAUAUGACACGACCUCUAUCCUCUAUCCAAAUUUGGGGAGUUGUUCUACCCCUUCCUAGGGGGUUGAAGCUACGGGGAUGAAAAAAACUGGAAAAUAGUUCCUCUUCAAAUCAAAAAUCGACGUGUCCGAGCGUUUUUCCAGAUUCUCAUCCCAAAUUCAAUAAAUCGGGGUGGGACUCCCUGUAUAUAAAAACAAACAAAUAAAAACCAAUGUGAAAAUGUGGCUUUUUUCACAAAUUCACUACUCUGUCUCUGUAUUUCUAAAAAUCAACAACGGGUACGUCAGUUGAAUUCAAAUUCACUUAUAUGCGGCGGGCGAUUUCUACGCGACUCCUUGAACUCCAGAGCAGUAUGGAGUUGAUAUUGAUGAUAUAGUUGAUUUUUUAUAAGGACGGUGGAUUACGCGAAAUAAUAACGUAUGAGUUGAUGAUCAAUGGCGUGAGGAGUGGGAUAUUUUAAUUUAUUUUUAUAAAUUUUCGAAUGGCCCUUUUGCCGAAGACCUCACCUGGCCCACCGGGAUUUUGCCCGGUUGCCCGGUGGGCCAGUCCGACACUGAGCGCAAACAGAUCACCGACCUCUUAGGACUCCUAAAAAAACCUUUAGACGAGAUGUCUCCCAGACUGCAAAGAUUCACUAUACGAUUGAUGAGAUUUCAGUUUUCUCCUAAGUACGUUCCUGGAAAAAAUCUUAAAGUCCCUGAUACUUUAGGUAGGGACCCUGUUAUUACAAAUAUUAACACUGACUAUUUGGAAAAUAAUUUGAGAGUAUAUUUAAUAGUAGGUAUCAACUUCAAAACAAAAUGAAGAGAGACUCCAAAAUGAAAUCGAACGGGACCCAGUACUACAGAAGGUAAAGUUUUAUGUUUUGACACUUUCGCUGCGACUGAGGUAGGUAUAGCAUCGGACACCCAGGAGCGGGAAGCUUUUUUUUAGGAAAAAAAAUUUCUUGCUUAAAGAAAUGUAAUUAUAUGUCUUUGUUUAUGUAAAUCUAAUAUAUUUUUGUCAUUUUUGACAUGUGGCAUGGAUCUGUGCCAGGCGCACUGGACAACAAUUUUAUCGUAUAGUGCUGACCGUCACGGAUUCGUGACGGAGAUUUUUCUUUUGUUUUAGGUCCAGAAUUUGAAAUGAAAAAUUCCAUGCACAGUGAAGUUAAAAAAUUUUGGCAAAUCAGGAAUGACAUCUACCUUCACAAAGACGUUCUGUUUUAUCAUAGAAGACUUAUUAUUCCCGCAGCCCUUAAAUCAGAAUUUCUAGAAAUUAUUCAUCAGUCACAUCAGCGUGUAGUGUCGUAUAAGAAGAAAGCCCAAGAAGCAAUUUAUUACCCAAGUGACACUGAAAAAAUGGUGUUAAAUUGUCUUAUCUGUCAAUCAUACUCUAGAAGUAAUGUGCGCGAACCUCUAACUCCACAUAGAAUACCAGAUUUUCCGUAAAAAGUCGGUAUUGACUUCAUGAAGGUAAAAUCACAGGAUUUUCUAGUUUUAGUGGACUACUUUUCAAAAUUUACCGUAGUUAAUAAACUCUCUAGUGAAACCGCCAACAGUGUUAUUUCGAACCUUAAAAACGUUUUUGCAAUAAAUGGAAUUCCAUUUGAAAUUUUUUCGGACAAUGGACCACCGUGCACUGUACACUUCUAAAGAGUUUUCGAGUUUUGCGAAAAAAUGACAUAACGCUGACAAUUUCCAGCCCUUUAUAUCCCCGAAGCAACGGUUUGGUCGAAAGAACCAUCCAUCAAAUUUUAAAGUUGGUGAUAAGAUUUUGCUGCAAGAGGGGAAAAGAUCAUGGACUCCAGGAAAAGUUAUGUUAGAAAAUGGCCCGAGUGAUUAUACAGUGAAAGUGAACGAGGCCGAGUAUACGCGUAAUAGGCAACUUCUUAAACCUUUGCGACAGUCUGAGGUAAAAGACCACUUCCCAGAAUCAACUGCUUUUCAUCAUGAUCCAAAGGUUAAAAAAGCUGAAUAGUACAUCAGAUUGUGAAGAUCGACCAGCUAUUCCCACAAGAUCAUUGGAGACUCAAGUGGAGGCUCGGAUGAACGAUGAACAUAUUGUGAAGACCAGAAGUGGACGAAUAAUUCACCCACCAAAGAGACAUCUGUAAAGAUUCAAAUCAUCAUCAUUGCCAAAACUGAUUUUAGUUUAGUUUUGUUAAAAUAGGGCGUGUGAUGUAUGUAUUUUUAGGGUGGCAACACCUUGCCAUCAUGAGUGUAUCAAAAAGAUGACAAUUUGGCGUGGGUUUUUGGAAUAGUUGUUAAUUUCUACGUACCAUUAAAGAUACUAUUCGUAUUAUAAACUUUCGGGUUUUAAUAAAAAUCAUAAUCAAAUACAAAAGAUUACAAAGGUCACUCUUGUUUUGGUCCUGGGUCACAGGGGAAUAAAAGUCUCGUGAAGGUAGCAGCACUGCCUUUAUUGAGAUUGCUUCCUGCAUGGUGAAAACUAAGAUCAGGAACUGGUCCAACAACCGGUUCCAAGGAGAAUAGCUGGAACAGGGAUGCCUCAGACAGUCAAGGAUCUGUAUAGAUCCUGCAAACUGCAAAGAGGUGAAAAGCCUUCUAAAACUAAACAGGAGCCAGCUAAGAGCCAUCCCAGACGUCCUGAAGGGGCACUGGGUGGUCAGGACUACAAACUGUACAAAAUCGGACUCAGUAAUGAAAUGGAAUGCAGGUUCUGCAGCGAAGUACCUACAUGAAACUACCAAGCAUAUAGUUUGUGAAUGUGACGGUUUCGGCAGUCCCAAACUACGAUAUCUGUGGUACAAUUUUCUGGAACCUGAUGAAAUAAAGUAGGUCCGGCCUGAGCGGGUCUGCACCUAUCUUAAAAGUUGCGAGCUCGGUAAAACAGGGCUGCAACAGGAGGCGGAUAGCAAAAUUGACCACUCGUGCCUCUACGUGCUGUCUGUAGAGACACCCCUUUCAAAUCAAUCAUUUAAACAUUAUCGGAAAAAUUGGUAGGUACCCGUUACAUUCUAAAAAACUAAUCACCAGUUGAAGAUUUAGUUGAAUGUUCAAUUAAAAAUAAAUGUGUUUUAAUAGGAAAUUGUUAUUUUUCAUAGGAAUAUGUUUAUUUUUCAAACCGUACUUAGAUAAAAUGCCAAUUAAGCAGAACAUAAAUAAUUUAAGGCGAAUAACAUGAAAAAAAAACGUGCGAAAAUGUAUAUUUACUUAAAUGUAAGUACCUACUAUCGUGCAGUUUGACUUCAGAUUGUCGCAAAUUGCCUUUCGUUGAUAAAUACUCCAAUAGCUUAGAAUUUUCCUGCAUUUCAUACCUACCUAGUAAGUAGGCACAUCCAAACCAUAAUAGUCUACCCACUUGAAAAGAAUAGAAAUGUUAGGCGAAAUAUUUUAUUCUGUAACUGCCCUUCUGUUGAUUCAAGCAAUGGGCUGUAGUGGCCACACAAAAUACGACUUUAAAAUUGUAUAUGAAUGGAAGCAAAUCGAGUAUAAGUUUGCAAGCGAAGAGGAACGAUCUGCGGCAAUUGCAAAUGGUACAUUUGAUGCAGGAAGAAUACAACCAAUCGAUGCUCAAUAUGUUCACGAUGCUCAAACAGGUCGCGAGAGGGUUUUCAUAACCACCCCAAGAAUAGCAAACGGUGUUCCAGCUGCCCUGGGAAUAGUCACUGACGAAGUUAGAGAUGGAAAUCCAAUUAUUGAUCCUUAUCCUUCUUGGUCCUGGCAUUUGAAUCCAGAACAAUGCAACUAUCACAGAAUUGUUUCAGGUUUCAGAGUGUGGGCAGAUGAGUGUAACAGACUUUGGGUAAUGGACGAUGGAUAUAUAGGAUCCGAUUCUACUUGCCCUCCUCAACUUUUGGCUUUUGACUUGAAAACGGAUAAACUACUCUACAAAUACGAAGUUCCUUACGAGCAGUACCAGAAUGUAUCGUCGUUUAUUGCACCUACCGCUGAAAUUGAAGAUUUCAAAAAUAAAUGCGAAAAUACGUGGGUUUAUGUCGCUGACUCUGUAGCACCAAGCCUGUUGGUUUACAGUUUGAAGCAAAAUAAAUCGUGGAGGAUACAGGACAAAAGUUUCGAGCCCGAUCCGAAUUAUAAUACAUAUACUAUUGAUGGAGAUACCUUUGAAGUAGCAGAUGGUAUUUUAACAGUUGCCCUAACUCCAAAACAAUCUGGAAAUCGAAAAUUAUAUUACCACUCCAUGUCUAAUAUAAAAGAAUCUUGGGUGUACACAAGGCAUCUCAAAAACUCAAACAAUUUUCGAGUUCCUUACGGGUCCCCACGGUUAUUCAAAACGUACAAGGGUAGGAGAAAUCAACAAGCAUGUAUAGAAGCCAUUGAUAAACAUGGUUUUGUAUAUUUUUCUUUAUUAAUUGAUGUUCAAAUAGUGAAAUGGGAUCCAAGAACUGAAUACACUAAUAAAAAUUUUCAUAUUAUUGCAAAUGAUAAAGAAACAAUGCAAUUUCCAAGUGGAUUAAAGAUUGGACCCUACAAAGGAGGACCACGUGAGGCUCUAUGGGUUUUUUCUACUGCUUAUCAACGAUCUGCUUCUGGACAUCUGAAUGGAAAUGAAAUAAAUUUCAGAUUAUUUUUUGCUAAAUUAUAACAACUAUGAUUUUUAACAUGAAUAAAAUUCUAUUGCAUACCUAUUAAAACUAC